AUGGAUUUUGAGGCCAACGAGGACAUCAACGGCGUCCGUUUCUCAUGGAACGUGUUUCCUGCCAGUAGAACCGACGCGAACAAAAACGUGGUUCCUGUGGGAUGUCUAUACACACCUCUCAAGGAGAAAGAGGACCUGGAGGUGAUGUCGUACAACCCAGUGGUUUGCGGCGGCCCGCAAUGUAAAGCGGUACUGAACCCGUACUGUGAGAUCGACCUCCGCUCCAACGCAUGGACAUGUCCGAUCUGUAACUCCAGAAAUCAUUUGCCAGCCCAUUACGCCAACAUGAGCCAGGAUAACAUGCCUGCGGAGCUCAGCAACACGACCAUCGAGUACAUCACCAAUAGACCCGUCCAGGUCCCUCCGAUUUACUUUUUCGUCGUUGACAUCACUGCGGAGGAGGAGAACAUGCAAGCAUUGAGAGAAUCCAUCAUCGCAUCGCUAUCCCUUUUGCCUCCAAACGCUUUGGUCGGUUUAAUGACAUACGGCAACGUGGUCCAGCUCCACGACUUGUCUUGUGACACCAUCGAUAAAUGCAACGUCUUCAGGGGUGACCGCGAAUAUCAAUUACUCCAAUUGAUUGAAAUGCUCACUGGGGAGAAAUCUAGUGCCGCAGGUGCUGCUGGUGGAUCCGCCGGUGCUGCCAAUCUACAAUUAAACAAAAUCACAUCUUUCUCUUUGAACCGCUUUUUCUUACCUUUGGAACAAGUCGAGUUCAAAUUGACUCAGCUGCUAGAAAACUUAUCACCUGAUCAAUGGUCCAUACCCGCUGGCCAUAGACCUCUUCGUGCCACAGGGUCCGCUUUGAAUAUUGCAUCUUUGGUCUUACAAGGCUGCUACAAAAAUGUGGCCUCCAGAAUCAUCCUCUUUGCGUCAGGGCCGGGUACCUUAGCUCCAGGUAUGAUUGUUUCUUCAGAAUUGAAGGAUCCACUCAGAUCUCACCACGACAUCGAUUCUGAUAAUGCUAAGCACUUCAAGAAGGCAUCCAAGUUCUACAGUUUAUUGGCCGAGAGAGUCUCUCAAAACGGCCACACCGUAGACAUUUUCGCUGGUUGUUACGAUCAAGUUGGUAUGUCCGAAAUGAAGCAAUUGACAGAUUCUACUGGCGGUGUUCUGCUGUUGACAGAUGCCUUUUCGACCUCCAUUUUCAAGCAAUCAUUCUUGAGACUCUUCUCUAGCGAUGAAGAAGGAUACUUGACGAUGGCUUUCAAUGCUAACAUGUCUGUGAAGACUAGCAGAGAUCUGAAAAUCCAAGGUCUCAUUGGCCACGCAUCUCCAGUUAAGAAAACCGACGCAAUUAACGUUAGUGAUUCAGAAAUUGGUAUUGGUGGAACUUCAACGUGGAAAAUGUCUUCGCUAACUCCGAAUCACUCGUAUGCCGUUUUUUUUGAGAUCGCCAACAAUGCAGCUGCUACCGCAGGUGUUGUCGGUGGUGACCGACCAAAGUUGGCAUACACUCAGUUUGUGACCGCGUAUCAACACGCUUCAGGAACUAACCGUGUCAGAGUCACUACAGUGGCGAAUCAGCUAUUACCAUUUGGCUCACCAGCUAUUGCUGCGUCUUUCGAUCAAGAAGCAGCCGCGGUUUUGAUGGCCAGAAUCGCAGUACACAAAGCCGAGUCCGAUGACGGUGCUGACGUGAUCAGAUGGAUUGACAGAACUCUAAUCAAAUUGUGUCAAAAAUACGCUGAUUACAACAAGGAUGAUCCUAGGUCUUUCAGAUUAGCCCCCAACUUCUCCUUGUACCCUCAAUUCACUUACUACUUGAGAAGGUCUCAAUUCUUAAGUGUUUUCAACAAUUCUCCAGAUGAAACAGCAUUCUACAGACACAUUUUCACGAGAGAAGAUACCACAAACUCCUUAAUUAUGAUCCAGCCUACAUUGACUGCAUUUUUCAUGGAAGAAGAACCUCAACCGGUGUUGCUGGAUUCCGUUUCUGUGAAACCAAACACGAUUCUACUUCUUGAUACCUUCUUUUACAUUUUGAUUUAUCACGGUGAACAAAUCGCCCAAUGGAGAAAAGCAGGUUACCAAGAUGAUCCUCAAUAUGCUGACUUCAAAUCCUUGCUAGAGGAACCUAAAUUGGAAGCAGCAGAGUUAUUGGUUGACAGAUUCCCGUUGCCAAGGUUUAUUGACACCGAAGCCGGUGGAUCUCAAGCUAGAUUUUUGUUAUCCAAACUCAACCCAUCCGAUAGUUACCAAGACCAAUCUGCUGGUGGCUCUACUAUUGUUUUAACUGAUGAUGUAUCGCUACAAAAUUUCAUGGUUCACCUGCAAGAGGUAACAGUCAGCGGUCAAACGUGA